AUGGAUCUUGUGGCCGGGGCGGUGGGCAGCGUCAUCGCCAAGCUCGGUGAGCUGCUCCAUGAGGAGUACAAGCUGCAGAAGGGCCUGCCUGAGAAGAUCGAGUCUCUGAAACAUGAGCUCGAGAGUGCGCAGAUGGCUCUCAGCAAGGUGGGCGAGGUGCCGCCGGAGCAGCUGGAUCCACAGGUCCGGCUGUGGGCUAGCGAGGUCAGGGAGGCGUCCUACGACAUGGAGGACAUCCUCGACACCUUCCUUGUUAUUGACGAUGUAUGGGACAUAACAACUUGGAACAUAAUCAAAUCAGCUUUGGUUAACAAUGGCACUGGAAGUAGAGUAAUCACAACUACUCGCAAUGGAGAUGUAGCUAGCAAGGAGGAGGUUUACGAGCUACGCACACUUUCCCCUGAUCACUCAGAGAAAUUAUUCAAAACGAGGCUGUUUGGUGUUAAUGGUGAAUAUCCUCCUCAUCACCCUACGGAGGAAUCUGAAAAGAUACUGAAAAAAUGUGGUGGUGUACCAUUAGCUAUCAUCACAAUGGCCAGUUUGCUGGUGGGUAAAUUAAGAGAAGAUUGGGUUGCUGUGUGCAACUCUCCUGGUUUCUAUCGUCGUAAGGGUAAUCAGCAAGUAGAUGAUACUGAGUGGAUAUUGUCUCUUAGCUACUAUGAUCUGCCUUCUUAUCUAAGGACCUGCUUACUGUAUCUAAGUGUGUAUCCAGAAGACUAUGGGAUUGAGAAAGAUUCUUUAAUAUGGAAAUGGAUAGCUGAAGGUUUCGUGGAGAAGAAAACAGGAACCAGCUUGUUUCAACAGGGAGAGGAAUACUUCAAUCAGCUCAUAAAUAGAAGCAUGAUCCAGGCGGUCGAGUCAGAAAUUUUGGGAGAGGUAUAUGGAUGUCGUGUUCAUGACAUGGUGCUUGAUCUCAUCUGUGACUUGUCAUAUAAAGAAAACUUUGUGACUAUCUCAAAUGAUGAUGAAGGAACAUUACCACAUCAGAACAAGGUGCGCAGGUUCUACAAUAGGGAUACUGCCAUCAGGCGUUUGCCAGUUAACGCAGUUGGUCUAUCUACGUGGUGGGCGCUUCCAUACGCGCGCGCCAGAUGGGUCGUUCCUGAGGAAGGUGACAUCACUGGAGGAGCUGUGUAUACGUAUUGA